UGAAAAAAGGCUCUCCAAAUUAGCCUCGCUCUGAUAAAUUUGUAUAUCAUUGAAUGCCACACUUGGCCUAUGGAUAGAGAAAUGGUUGAGUGAUGUCGACUACUGUUAAAGAGUUGGCUGUUUUAGAGGGACAUGAAGAAAGGGUUUGGAAUCUAGCAUGGAGUCCAAGUGGAAGUCUUCUUGCAACCUGUUCUGGUGAUAAAACAAUUAGAAUUUGGGGCAAAGAAGGAGAGAAAUGGGUUUGCAAAACCAUUCUAGACGAGGGACACACAAGAACAAUUAGAUCAGUUAUAUGGUCACCUUGUGGAAACAUGUUGGCUUCAGCAAGCUUUGAUGGGACUGUUACAAUAUGGAAUAGAAGCAGUGGAGAAUUCGAAAGCAUAGCAACUUUAGAAGGCCAUGAGAAUGAAGUGAAGUCAUGCAGUUGGAAUUCUUCAGGUUCUCUCAUUGCUACUUGCAGUAGAGACAAAAGUGUCUGGAUUUGGGAAGUUGAAGAUGAAGAUUAUGAAUGUGUAAGUGUUCUGAACAGACAUACUCAGGAUGUGAAAAAGGUCUUAUGGCAUCCAAAUAGUGAGGUAUUAGCAUCUUGUAGUUACGAUGACACUAUAAACAUGUACAAAGAAGAUGAAGAUGAUUGGUAUUGUUAUGAUACUCUGAGAGGCCAUUCUUCCACCGUAUGGUCAAUUUCAUUUGACAAAACAGGAAAUCGGCUAGUUUCUGGCAGUGACGAUAAAACCCUAAAAAUAUGGAGAUCCUUUCUUCCAGAUAAUCAACAAGGUAUUGUUGCUACUGGCAAAGAUCCGAAAUGGAAGUGCAUUUCUACCCUCUCAGGCUAUCACACGCGUAGUGUAUAUGACGUAGAUUGGUCUCAUGAAUCUGGCCUCAUAGCUUCAUGCGGUGCAGAUGAUGCGAUGAAAAUAUUUAAAGAAGAUAAUGAAAAUACUACAGAGACUUCAGAAAACUUUGUCAUUGUUGCUAACGUAACAAAGGCCCAUUCACAAGAUAUCAAUUGUGUCAAAUGGAACCCCAAAGACUCCUCAUUGCUUGCUUCAUGCUCAGAUGACUGUACAAUAAAACUGUGGAAAGUUACAUCUAUCCCGUAGUUAUAUUGAAAUUAUUAUGUUUCACUCAAAUUUUUGAAUAUAAAUUAAGUACACUGUUGGUAUAGAUAAAUGAAUGCAUUUUCAAAAGAGAUACCUUUUUCGAAUUGAAAUCAAUCGAAAAUAUUCUGUUAAAACUUUAUAUAAUGUCUCUUUGUACGAUUUAUUUUGCUGUAAAUUGCCUGAGAUUCCUUGCUAUUAAAAAGAAUCAGCAAAAUUGAAAUAUGAAGGCACCACUUGUUCGUAAUAACCACCAGGUACUUAGAUUUGCACACUCAUUUUUUCAACUAAAUUGAGAUAUAAAACUUCUCAGAAGUAACAAGAAGCUCGAUUGCAGAGAUGAAUUUUAAUUAUGACAUUGACAAAGACAAGAUAACAAAUAUUGUUGCCUUUUUGGUGCUCGGAAAUUCCGACGAUUUUUGUGUUGGUUACAGUAUACGCUAUGUUCGACGGCAUACGAUUUUAGUCCAAGUCUACCUCAGAUGUCUGUAGUAUAUUUCAUAAGCUAUAAAUGCUAUCCACUAACCGUUUGGUGUGUUUAUCAAAUUGUGGCUAUGUGCUAGUAUGGCUUUCAAAACACUACUGUACACUCAUUUUUUUAUAAGAAGCUGGCUAUAAGAAACGAGUACUGGACAGUCAGAAAGAUUAGGAAACUUCAGUACUGGUGGCAAAACAAUUAAGAACUAUAAAAUCAUGAUAAAACUGAGAACAACGAAAAUUUGUAAAAUCCAAGAGCAAGAUUGCCCUGUUGGCCUAGAACUUAAGACAUAAGGGAUAAAAAUAUACUUCCCACAUCUAAAUACAGCAUCGGAACGGAAGCGAAUCUCUUGACGUGAUCAAAAAGGUCACGAACAUUUUGAUAACGUCAUUCAUGACACCAUAAUUAAGAAACUCUUAAGAAACAGUGAGUAUUGAAAUUUCCAUCGACCUUUGUUUCUUAUUAAAAAAUGAGUGUAUUGCCUCAACAGUCGCAAGUGAUAUGCUGAUUAGGCUUAUCAUAAGGUGACGUUAAAAUUUGUAACACUUUGUUAAGCUGUCUUAGGGAGGCCGGGGCAGAAUAUACUGUUUCCAAUCGGAUGAUUUUGAUAUGGAAAUGGAUCUUUAUAUUCAUACUGAAAAAUCAAAGUUGUACUUACCCCAGUUUGCAACCCAUAAGCUGCUGUCCUAAUGACAAGCCUUACUAAAUUACAAUUUCCAAAAGAAAGAGUUUGAAUACUGCAUGUAUUGUUUCUUUCUUUUCGAAAAACGAAAUCUUUUUCAUCUCUUUCAGUUUUUAGUUUAUUGCUCAAAAAUGUAAGUUUUUAUCGUUCAUCUGAUAAUAGCGACGAGUAAAAAUGACGUAUUCCCGCCAAAACCAAUCACAGGGGUACAUAUGGUAUAUCUGGUCUAUUCAUUGCUUGUUUUUUUGAAUAUAUAACUACAUGUACAUUUAUCUCUAGCUUGCUGUAUUAACAAAAACUACAUCUGUUUACUAUUAUACUGGUCAAUGACAAAGCCAUUUGGUUUAGAACUUGCUGCUGCGGUAAAAUUGGUCUUAUCCUAGCGACCUAGCCCAAUGCAGUCGAGUAGUAGCCAUGAGACAUAAUAGGAAUUAUGAUUGCAUGGAUGUAAACAUCAAAGAAAUCUAUUUGGUACAUUUUUCGAAGAAUUGCCCGAUAAAAUCAAAGGGGGUAGGUGUGAACUCUAUAUCAUACUGCAAAGGGGACGCUUUUUUAGUUUGGAUACUUGAUCUCUAUUCUUGACGUAUUACCCUUCAUUAGAAAACACAAAUCAUAUUCCGUUACUUGAAAACAAGUGAUGAUGAAUCCUUUUCUAAAAUUAGUUUUCUUACUUCUUGAAGCGGCCUUGCUUAUCCAGUCAAUAAUACGUCAUUGAAAUUUAACGAGGGACGUCAGCAAUAUUUCAAAGUUUAGGCCUACUUCUCGUCAGAACAGGUGUCCGUAAGAAAUCCUUAAAAACACUUUACCCUUCAGAUCAUCCAACUAAUGGCAUUCAAUAGGGAAGUAAUUUGUUAGUUCUUGUUUAUUAUUCGAAAAAGAUUUUGUUAAUUUUUCAAUAUUUGGUUAAAGUGCAGUAUGGGGAUGCGCAAGGGCCGAGGUGGGUUUCGAAAUAUGGGGGUGGGGCUUUCAUUUUCACUGUUAGGUUCUCGAAUUUACCUUCUGAAAAUUAGUGUGUCAAGGCACCCCUCCGCUUUCGGGGUAGAUAUUUCUGAUGGGUAGAUUUUUCUGUUCUUGGUUUUGGGAUCUUUUACAUGGGGCACAGAUAAUGGGGUUAGAGUCAUCUCUCAUUGCUAUCACUAAUUGAAAAAUAUGUGUCCAUUGGAGCAAAAAUAAAGUCAAGAAAGAAGAAAUCUUGCAUUUUCAGCAGAAUCACUUCAGUCGCUGUUUUCGCCACUGUUUCUCAUUCAGUGUCUUUUUAACACAGUAGCAAGGGGGCAAUUGCCCCUCCAGAAGAGGUGGACGUAAGUGGCAAGGAUUUGAAGGAUGUUAGUUAAUAAUUGGAUUUUGGUGCAACACCCUACAGGUCACUGGAAAAUGAUAGAAACGCCCAUUUUUAAAUUUGGUCUUUUAGGAUAAAAAAGAUUGAGAAGAUUAAUUUAGUAAAAUCUUGGCGAUAUUUGAUUACUACCAAGUACCAAAAAAUGAUUUUAACCGAAUUUGGCGAAAGACGCAAAAAUAUUCGCACAACCUCCCACUCCCCACCCCCUCCCCCCAA